AGCUUUUUCUGCUAUUCCUCACUUUUUCCACUAGUGUGUAAAAGUAAAGUUCUAUCACCUCCUCAAAAUUCCAAUACAACCAACAGCUUAUCACCCAUAUAAACCUCCCUCCUGCCUGUCAACAACGUCUCGGACGUCCCUGAAUAUGACGAACGAAAUAUUUUCUGGCAACACGCCACCAACGCAAGAUCCUCAGUUGACAACAGAGGCGCUCAAAACUCUGUAUAAACUAUUUGACAAAAAGAAACACUCAAUCGACUGCAACAACGGACAAUGCUCCAAAUAUCAGGUCCAAGGCCAUGGCUCUGUUAAGAACACCAAUCCACCACAACCGAAAUUGCGCUGUCGUAGCUUUACAAAGACAUUUACCGCACAUGAAAUGCAACAAGUCCUCAAUCAGCUCGAGGACAACAGAAACAGCCUACAAACACCCAGUUGCCAAGAAAUGAUGGAAUUUGAAGUAGUACCCCCACAGAAUGAUCUGAUGACACAAACAAUGAAAGAACUAACAACCCAAAAGAACGUCUGGAUCGUCAUGAGACCAUCAACUGCGCCAGCAGCUAUCGCACCAACAAACAGCCUCGCCAGCAACUGGGCAAAUCCCCCGGUAUACGCGCACGCCAACUGCCAGUCUCGUCCCAAAAGCAACAAUGCAGAAUCACAGCAGCAGCACGCAGUUUCCAGCUCCCAUCAGACAACCACAGGUUUUAAUAUCUCUAUAUACUAUCUCGAGCUCGACAACCUGCUGGCCAAAUUCGGGCCAGUCUUCGCUGCUUUGGUCUUGAUAACAGCCGAGUCUUGGACAUCCAAUAUAGACCUCAAUCCAUCUGUUCUAUCACGUCUCUUAGCCAGUCGCCUAUAUGCUCAAUUCAUCUGA